CCACCUUUUUGUUUGCCAGCCAUGACAUCUGAAAGCAAGAAACGUGUCUGCUACUUCUAUGAUGCAAAUGUUGGAAAUUACCACUAUGGUCCAGGGCAUCCUAUGAAGCCUCAUAGAAUUAGAAUGUGCCACGGUCUGGUCAUGAACUAUGGCUUGUACAAAAAGAUGGAAAUUUACCGAGCGAAACCUGCCAACAAAUGGGAAAUGACACAAUUUCACACAGACGACUACAUCGACUUUCUUUCUCGCGUUACUCCUGAUAACAUGGAAGCGUUAAACAAAGAGCAAGCAAAGUUCAAUGUCGGUGAUGACUGUCCCGUCUUUGAAGGAUUGUUCGAAUACUGUGGAUUAUCCGCAGGAGGUUCAAUGGAGGGUGCUGCAAGACUGAAUCGCGGUCUUUGCGAUAUUGCUAUCAACUGGGCUGGUGGUUUACAUCACGCCAAAAAAUCGGAAGCUUCUGGAUUUUGUUAUGUCAACGAUAUUGUGCUGGGCAUUCUCGAACUGCUUCGAUACUAUCCACGAGUUUUAUAUAUCGAUAUUGACGUUCACCACGGUGACGGUGUCGAAGAAGCUUUUUACACUACAGAUCGUGUGAUGACUUGUAGUUUCCACAAAUAUGGAGAGUUCUUUCCUGGUACUGGUGAACUGAAGGACAUUGGUGUUGGUAAAGGAAAAUAUUAUAGCGUCAACUUCCCUCUGAGAGAUGGUAUAGAUGACGAAAGUUAUAAGAGUGUUUUCGAACCCGUCAUUGAAAAGGUGAUGGAAUGGUAUCGACCCUCCGCUGUCGUUCUGCAGUGCGGUGGUGAUUCCCUCAGUGGCGAUAAACUGGGUUGCUUCAAUCUGUCUAUGAAAGGUCACGCCAACUGCGUUAACUUUGUGAAGAAAUUCAAUCUGCCUACGUUAGUUCUCGGCGGUGGUGGUUAUACAAUGCGAAAUGUUGCAAGAGCGUGGGCAUAUGAAACGGGAAUAGUGGUUGGACAAGAGCUUAGCCCUGUCAUGCCAUACAACGACUACUAUGAAUACUUUGGCCCUGACUACAGACUAGAUGUCAAGUCGAGCAACAUGGAAAAUAUGAAUACGACUGAAUACUUGGAAAAGAUCAAGUUACAAGUAUUUGAAAAUUUAUCACGUACAGCAUUCGCCCCAAGCGUUCAGAUGCAAGAGGUUCCAGCUGAUCAUGAUAUGUCAGAUGAUGAAGACGAAGAUGAUCCGGAUGAGAGAAACCCAGAACGUCUUUGGGAUCAACGCAUCAUACCUGAAAACGAAUUCUAUGACUCAGACGAAGGCGAAGGAGAUGAUAUUAAUGGCCAGAAGAAGAGCAUGAAUGAACAAAGCUACGCAAGCGAAGCUUCUGCAUCACCGAAGAUGAAGAAAUGGAACUCACUGCCGCUCUAGAGGAAGACAAAGCACCUGCAAAUGUGGAGUCUCAACCUAGCACUGAUCAUGUUUCUACUAUACCAGCCACGAGUGAACAGGCAAACGAAACAGUUACCGCACCACCAACCAAUCCCACAGACUCGACAAGCAACACAGAGGCAGCAUCAGAAUCAAUAC